GAGCGCGCCCCCCCACCCGCCCCACUGCCCCCGCAACAGAAAGAAUGGUAGUUAGACCGGGGUCGGGACAGGACUUCUGCAGCAAGAAGGCGCUUAAAAAGCGGGACUUUUAAGAGAGGGUACUUUAGAUCACCUCCUAACCGCAAGCCCAGCCUCAGAUCCUUCCCAUUGGUGCACGGUCUUGCCAAUUACUGCUACACGCGGCAGGUUCUGCAAUCAAACACGCCCUGUCGAGCAGGCAGUCGUUCCAGCCAAUCCUGAAACACCUCCCUCCGGGUACUUUUGUUUCCUCUCUUUCAUUGGUCGCCUUGGAGGCCGCUCGCUUCCUGCGCGGGCACAGAGAGGGGCGGGGCUGAUAGGGCGUUGCUAAGCGACGGAGAUGCGCUCAGGGCCUGUUCGGUGAAGGAGCAGAGGUGCCGGAAGCGCGGAGGGAGCGGCGGGAUGGACCGCAGCCUGCCAGUUUUCUCCAUUCAAGAUAGUCCCUUUGGAGAUGCGCCCCUGGGUCGAAGCCACUACUGGCCAUCCCGGAGCCAGACCUGGUGUCCCAAGACCCUGAACCCAUCCAGGUCUCAGAGAUCCAGGCUCCCACAAGCUCCCAAGCCUCUAGCCACAGGUCCCAACUCCUCUGAGCUGUUUGAGGAGUCCUGGCCAUCCAGUUCAGGGACCCCUUCCCCACCCAGCACCACUGAGGGACAGAUGGGGGCCUCCCCAGCACCCACCCUGAUUGACAGAGGGGACUCCGUGGUGGCCAAGUAUAUAAACAGGUUCCGCCAGGCUCAGCCCACCAGUCGAGAGGAGCGCCAGCCUGCAGGCCCAACCCCAGCUGACUUUUGGUGGCUGCGGUCUGACUCUCCAGACCCCAGCAGUCAAAGUGCAGCAGCAGGAGCCAACAAACCAGAAGGAAUACCCCAUACAGCUGUCCCUACUGCGGUCAACGUGACCAGUGCAUCCCACGCUGUGGCUCCCCUUCAGGAAAUAAAGCAGAACCUCCACACAUGGAACUCAUCCCUGCUGGACCUGGAGACACUGAGCCUACAGAGCAGAGCUGCCAGGCUGCUCAAACGCAGCAAAGCCUCCAUCUCCUCCUCCUCCUCCCUCAGCCCCAGCGAUGCCAGCACUUCCUCAUUCCCCACCAGUUCCGAUGGCCUCUGUCCCUUCUCGGAGACCUUCAUCCCUGACUCCAGCAAGGGCGUUGGCCCCAGGGCACCCGCAUCCCCGGCACCAGCCCAGGCCCAGACCCCCACCCCUGCUCCAGCCCCAGCCUCCUCUCAAGCACCCCUUCAGCCAGAGGAUGACAUUCUGUACCAGUGGCGGCAGCGGCGGAAGCUUGAACAGGCUCAGGGAAGCAAGGGUGACAGAACUUGGGUGCCACCUCUGACCCCUGCCCUCUGCACUCUGAUCUCUCUUAUCUGUCUACAGACCUCUCCUGCUCCAGUGGAGACCCUCAGUUCUCUGGGGACCCAGCCUAACCAUGUCCCACUGUGGAGCAGUGUGGCCCAGCAUGGUCCACCAGAGGCCUUCUAUGUGGAGAGGCCUCCUUUUCCCUCAGUGUCCUCUCCACACAUCUUUUGGGCCCCCAGCUCACAUGGGUUCUUCUGGGCCCCACAGUCUGGGCCUUGGGUAUCCCUUGGGGCUGUUCCUCCCACGCAGCAGGCCUCCACCCUAGCACAUCUGGGCUGUACUCUCGCGCCCCCGGCUUCCCUGGCCUCCACCCUCGAACCCCCAGCCUCCACCCCGGCUCCCCUGGCCUGUACCCCUGCACCUCCAGCCUCCACCCUCGCAUCCCCAGCUGUCCCCCAGGGCCUGCCCAUCCCUGAGCCAAGUAGCUAUGCCCAGCCUAAGAGCCUGGGGCCCAAGUCUCGGAGGAGCAGAGCCCCUCGCCGAGAGGCUGCCGAGCAAGUCCCUGCAGCUGGCCAGGGACCUGGCCCUCAGCUCAGGGGUGUCCUGGGCCAGGUAGUGGCAGCUCGGCUGUUCCCUGACAGCCUGGAGGACACGCCUCCUCACUCCGAGGGCCCCCCUCCACCCAAGGCUGGAUCUCCGAAAGUCCAGGCCACACAACCCCAAACCAAGGUCACUCCCCCUCCAUCUGAAUCCCAGUGUCGGGCCAAGGCCGAGUCUCUGAAAGCCAAGGCCUUGCCUCCCGCAGCGGGGUCAGUGAUACGGAAGAGCGAAGCCACUCCUUCCCCUGGAGCCUGCCUGCAGCCCGAGGUCCCACUCUCUCCAGCUGAGCAGGCAUCCACAGUCAAGGCCUCGCCGCCUGCCUUCCAGGUGGGGUCUCCGGAGGCCCCGGCCCCGCCCCCGCCCGCUGCUGACCACGCCCCGUCGGAGGCCCUGCUUGCCCAGGCCGCCCUGCUGCUGCAGGCUGCAGAAGACUCCGACGGCAGCGAGUUCCAGGACGAUCCCGUGCUGCAGGUGCUAAGAGCCCAUAGGGCAGAGCUGAGUCGGCAGAAAAGGGAAGCGGACGCCGGAUUAUCGUUCCUGUUGGACCAGGCUGAAGACCCGGGAUCUUGGUCCCCUCCAGCCGGGUCGCCCCCUAGGUCCCCAAGGAGGCUGCUAAGAAGGGAAGGAGAUUCCCUGGAGGCCAGAAGACUUUGAAUUGUACAGAUUCUAUUUUACCCAGUGAGGCUUUUUAUUUUUUUUUUUUAAUACGGUUACUGGUUAUCUGUGAGAAAGGGGUUGUUUGGAAAGGCUAAGGGGUCAUGCCAAUUUAAGGAAAUGCCCCCCAUCCUCCGCUGCCCUGUGGCUCUGCCCUGCCCCCCACCCCUUCCUGACCACGGAAACAAGAUCUCCUUUCUGGUUAUAUCUUCCUCGGGGCAGAGGGAGUUUCAGACAAGAAUUCUGGCAAGACUGGGACUCACCUUAUCUGACUUCACUCAGGAGCCCUGGCUCAAAUGGACCAAAGGACUGUCCUCCGGGGAAGAAGCUACUAGGGUCAUCAGAGUGUUGGAUGAUGGUCAGGCCAUAGCCCACACAUGCUUGAGCAGAAGCAGCAUCUGGUGCAGCUGACCCCUCCCUCCUUGAAGCACUUUCUCUCCCUGCUUCCAGCACUUCUCUCUGCACCUCUCUGGUCAGGCCUAGUCACUAGCUCAGCAUGUCAACUUUGGCAUGACCCAGGGCCAUGGCAUUGACAUCUCUAUCUGCACCCACCCAUAGGUGCUCUUGUCUAGCUUAAUGACUCUAAACCCCGUCUCUAUUCUGAUAAUCCUCAAAUUUCUGUCUCUAACCUAGACCUGGCUGCGAAAACUUGGGCUCCUACCUCAUCACCAUUUCUCCGCAAGGGUUUAAAAGACAUCUCAAAUUCCAUAGGUCCUAAACGGAGUUUCCAAUCUUUCCCCCUAAGCGUGCCUCUCCCCAACUUUCUUUUUUUUUUUUUUUUUUUUUUGGAUGGAGUCUAGCUCUGUCACCCAGGCUGGAGUGCCAUAGUGUGAUCUCGGCUCACUGCAAGCUUCACCUCCCGGGUUCAUGCCAUUCUCCUGCCUCAGCCUUCUGAGUAGCUGGGAUUACAGGCACCUGCCACCAUGUCCAGCUAAUUUUCUUUGUUUGUUUGUUUGUUUUGAGACAGAGUCUUGCUCUGUUCCCCAGGCUGGAGGGCAGUGGCACGAUCUCGGCUCACUGCAACCUCUGCCUUGCAGGUUCAAGCUAUUCUUCUGCCUCAGCCUCCCUAGUAGCUGGGACUACAGGUGCGUGCCACCACACCUGGCUAAUUUUUGUAUUUUUAGUAGAGGCAGGGUUUCACCAUAUUGGCCAGGCUUGUCUCAAACUCAUGACCUCGUGAUCCUCCUGCCUCAGCCUCCCAAAGCGCUGGGAUUACAGGCAUGAGCCAUCAUGCCUGGCAAUUUUUUGUAUUUUUAGUAGAGAUGGGGUUUCACCAUGUUGGCCAGGCUGGUCUCGAACUCCUAACCUCAGGUGUCCCACCCACCUCAGCCUCCCAAAGUGCUAGGAUUACAGGUGUGAGCCACCGCACCCGGCCUUCACCUUUAAAAUCUAUCCAGAAUUCAACUGCUUCUCCCCUUCUACUGCUCGCACCUCAAUCUAGGCUGUCAUCACCUCCUAUCUGGACUGUUGGAAAACUUACGGUUUUUAUAAACCUGAUAUUCUUUGAUACACUUCCCAUCAAGAGGUACAGUCUGUGUCCCUUCAUCUUGAAACUGGGCCCCUCAACAAAUAAAAUGCAGAGGAAGUGAUGCAGCUUAACUUCUAAAGUUCAGUUAGAAAAGAUGAUUUCUCAGCUGGGCAUGGUGGCUCACGCCUGUAAUCCCAGCACUUUGGGAGGCUCAGGUGGGCAGAUUACUUGAGGUCAGGGGUUCAAGACCAGCCUGGCCAACAUGGUGAAAUGUCUCUACUAAAAAUACAAAAACUGGCCGGGCAUUGGUGGUGGGUGCCUGUAAUCCCAGCUACUCGGGAGGCUGAGGCAGGAGAAUUGCUUGAACUCAGGAGGCAGAGGUUGCAGUGAAAAAAAAAAAAGAUAAUUUCUCUCUCUCUCUUUCUCUCUCUCUCUCUGACACUUACUUUAGAGGCUACAUUAAAAAAAAACUAGUUGCCAUGCUAGGGAGGGGUUUGGGUUACACAGGUGUAUGCACUUAUCAAACUUAGUGAAGUGUGUGAAUUUCAUUGUAUGUGAAGUUUACCUCAAAAGAAAAUAUUGAACGCCAGUUAAAGUUACGCCUGUAAUCUCACUUCUUUGGGAGGCCAAGGCGGGAGGAUCACUUGAGGCCAGGAGUUUGAGACUACCCUGGGCAACACAGCAAGACCUGUUUCUACAAAAAUAAAUAAGUAAAUAAAUAGCCAGAUGUGGUGGCACACGAUUUGCAGUCCCAUUACUAGGGGCGGGGAGGGUCGCUGAGGCGGGAGGUUUACUUGAGCCCAGGAGUUCAAGGCUGUAUUGUAGUGAACUAAGAUCAUGCCACUGCACUCCAGCCUGGGCUAUAGAACUAGACCCUGUAUUUAAAAAAAAGAAAAGAAAAAGUAUGUACACUGAAAUAUUUAGGGAACAAUAAACCAAUGUUGACAAUUUAUUUUGAAAUGCAUCCAGAGAUGAGUUGGGUUGAUGGAUAAAUAGGGUAAUAGGUAGAUGUGAGAUAAAGCAAAUACAGCAAAAUGUUCACGGUAGGAUCUAAGUGGUGGAUAUGCGGGUGUCCACUGUAAAAUUUUUCAACUUUGCUGUAAUUUAGAAACUUUUCACAGCCGGGUGCGGUGACUCAUGCCUGUAAUCCCAGCACUUUGGGAGGCCAAGGCAGGCAGAUCACGAGGUCAGGAGAUCGAGACCAUCCUGGCUAACACGGUGAAACCCCGUCUCUACUAAAAAUACAAAAAAUUAGCCGGGCGUGGUGGCGGGCACCUGUAGUCCCAGCUACUCGGAAGGCUGAGGCAG